GGCCUGCGCGUGCACAAGCUUCCCGAGCCUAGGUGCGCGUGUACGGUGUCCGAGGCGGUUGAUUUCGGAGAGUCGGUGAAGCGAUAUUUGAGGCAGUUAUUUCCAAAGAAGGAAACCAGUUGCUGGCAUUCUCACCACCUUUCUACCUGCCAUGAUCAAGUGCUUGUCAGGGGAAGUAAAAGCCAAAUUGUGUUCUGGUUUGGCCAUAAAUUCCUUUGGGCAGUGUGUUGAGGAACUUGCUCUCAACAGUAUUGAUGCUGAAGCAAAAUGUGUGGCCAUCAGGGUGAAUAUGGAAACUUUCCAAGUUCAAGUGAUAGACAAUGGAUUUGGGAUGGGGAGUGAUGAUAUAGACAAGGUGGGACAUCGUUACUUCACCAGUAAAUGCCACUCAUUACAGGACUUGGAGAACCCAAGGUUUUAUGGUUUCCGAGGGGAAGCUUUGGCAAGUAUAGCUGACCUGGCCAGUGCUGUGGAAAUUUCAUCCAAGAAAAACAAGACAAUGAAAACAUUUGUGAAGCUGUUUCAGAAUGGAAAAGCCCUGAAAGCUUGUGAAGCUGACUUGACUAGACCAAGUGCAGGGACAACAGUAACAGUAUAUAACCUAUUUUGCCAGUUGCCUGUAAGGAGGAAAUGCCUGGAUCCUAGACUGGAGUUUGAGAAGGUUAGGCAGAGGAUAGAAGCUCUCUCGCUCAUGCACCCUUCCAUUUCUUUCUCUUUGAGAAAUGAUGUUUCUGGUUCUAUGGUUCUUCAGCUCCCUAAAACCAAAGACAUAUGUUCACGAUUUCGUCAAAUUUACGGAUUGGGCAAGUCCCAAAAGCUAAAAGAAAUACAUUUUAAAUUUAAGGAAUUUGAGCUUAGUGGAUAUAUCAGCUCUGAAGCACACUAUAACAAGAAUAUGCAGUUUUUGUUUGUGAACAGACGACUAAUUUUAAGGACAAAGUUGCAUAAACUCAUUGACUUUUUAUUAAGAAAAGAAAGUAUUAUAUGUAAGCCAAAGAAUGGCUCUGCCAGUAGGCAAAUGAAUUCAAGUCCUCGACAUCGGUCUACCCCAGAACUCCAUGGGAUAUAUGUAAUCAAUGUGCAGUGCCAGUUCUGUGAGUAUGAUGUGUGCAUGGAGCCAGCAAAAACUCUGAUUGAGUUUCAGAAUUGGGAUACUCUCUUGAUUUGCAUUCAAGAAGGAGUGAAAAUGUUUUUAAAGCAAGAAAAAUUAUUUAUGGAAUUAUCAGGUGAAGACAUUAAGGAAUUCAGUGAAGAUAAUGAUUUUAGUUUACUUGGAACUUCUCUUCAAAAGCAUAUGUCCUCUGAUGAGAAGCAUGACCAGGGCAGUUUCCAGGAAGCAUGUAAUAAUAUUUUGGAUUCCUAUGAAAUGUUUAAUUUGCAAUCAAAAGCUGUGAAAAGAAAAGCUACUAUAGAAAACAUAAACACACAGAAUUCUAGGGAUUUACAAGCUAUCAGAAAAAAGACAGAUAACUCAUCUUUGUCCACUUGUGAAUUAGAUGGCCCAGACCACAGUAAAAUGACAGAAUUAUCUUUAUACAAUACAGACAGCUCUUCCUUAGAGUCAAGGAUGUUAGAAGAAGAGACAGUUGAAACAACAGAAUUAAGAGAAAAUGAGAAAAAUAAAAAAUCUUUCUCAGAACUUAACUCUUUAGAAAGUCCAUGUGGGAAGAGUUCAGAAAUGUUUUUAAGCCUUUGUCAGACACAACAGUACUCUGAGGAGAGUGGGUCAGAUCUAGAAAUACAGAAAGUAAGUACACUUGUUAAUGGCAUGGCUGCCAAUAUCCUGAAAAAUAACAGAACUCAAAAUCAACUAGAGAGAUUUCAAGAUGCUACUGAAAUGAGAUGCCAACCUCUGUCUUUUGGGACAUCAUUGAGAGUUCAUAGUGCUCAGCGAGAAAAAGAGCCUAAUGAUUGUAACAGAAUAAAUAUUUUUAGUUAUGGACAAGUUAAGCUAUGUUCCACUGGCUUUAUAACUCAUGUUGUACAAAAUGACCAAACUAAAUCAACUGAAUCAGAACAUUCCUUUAAGAACUUUGUCCGACCUGGUCCUGCAUAUGCCCAAGAAAUAUUUGGAAACAGAAUAGAUCAUUCAGUUGAGACUCCAGACAUCAAACAUUUAACUAGCACUUUAAGUAAAAAAUCUGCUCACCUGCCCAACAAAGACUUUUGCAGAACAAACACGAGUUAUAAACUAGCAAACAAACAUAUAACAACUUACAGAAAUUCUGCAGUUUUCCAGGAAGGUGCCAAAGAAGCACAUACCAGUUGGUUAUUACCUGAUACAUCAUCUUCUUUCCCUUGGCAUAGACAUAUUUCAAAUAAUAGUAAGAAAACAGAUAAAUUGGUUACUUCCUCCAAGCCCAUAGUCCGUAAAAAGCUAAGCUUGAGUUCACAAGUAGGAUCUUUAGAGAAGUUUAAGAGACUAUAUGGGAAGGUUAAAAGUCCUCUGGAUACAGAAGUAGAGGGAAAGAAUAGUGAAGUCACUACCAGUCUCAGUCCUCAAGUUGAAUCUGACAUUUCACUGAAAGAUGACCCCUUAGAUAACUCUGAUGUUUGUAAAAUCACUACUAUGAAGCAUAAUGAUUCAAAUAAUAGUUGUCAACCAAGAAGUCACAUACUGUACUCAGAGAAAUUUCCAUUCUCCAAGGAAGAGGCUUGUUUGGAACAACAGAUGCCUUAUUUGAGAGAAAGUCCUAUAACUCUAACAGAGUUACUUCAAUCUAACAGAAAACUUUUGGAUGUUGAGAAAUCACCUGAAUCACUAGCCUCUAAAUUAUCCAGACUGAAGGGUUCUGAAAAACAGACUCAAAUAAUGGAAAUGAUGAGUCAUUUUAAUGAAUUUCCAAAUUCAGAUCCCAGUAGAAAAGACAGUGACUUGUGCAGUAUGUUAGCCCUAGAUUUUUGUCAGUUAUUUAAAAAUGAACAUGAAAAAAUAGAGAGUGGCAUCAUCCCAGUGGUAGAUUCUGUCAUGCAGGAUUAUUCCUCUAAUAACAGUGAAACACAUUGUAGCAGCAGUACAGCAGAGAAUCUGCUAAUAUCCGAAACUCCGCUAGUAUUACCCUAUAAUGAUGUUACGUUAACUAAAGAUGAUGUUCUUAGCAGAGCCUCAGAACAACAGAUAGAAAGUCCUUACUCUCCCAGUAGAAUGUUAGUAAGUCAAGCAGAAAAUACCACAGUUGACCAAAAUAGAGUUUGUUCUCCCAGUAAAGAUUCUGAAGCAAGAGCUUGUUCUGAAAAUGAAGAGUCAAACACCUGUUCUUCAGAAUGGCAGCAGCAUUUUGAUGUAGCCCUGGGAAGAAUGGUUUACAUCAACAAAAUGACUGGACUUAGCACAUUUGUUACUCCUACUCAGGAUGUUCAGACUGCUUGUACUAAAGAUCUGACAACAAUGGCUGUGGAUGUGAUACUUGGGAAUGGGUCUCAGUACAGGUGUCAUCCUUUUAGAAGUGACCUUGUGCUUCCUUUCCUUCCAAGAGCUCGGGAAGAGAGAACUGUGAUGAGACAGAAUAACACAGAUGCUGUGGAUGAUGCUGUUGGUUGUAAUGGAUCCCUUCAAUCUUUGUUAUCAGAAUGGGACAAUCCAGUAUUUCCCCGUUACCCAGAGAUUGCUGUUGAUGUAAGCAGUGGCCAGGCUGAGAGCUUAGCAGUUAAAAUUCACAACAUCUUAUAUCCCUAUCGUUUCACCAAAGAAAUGAUUCAUUCGAUGCAGGUUCUCCAGCAAGUGGAUAACAAGUUUAUUGCCUGUUUAAUGAGCACUAAGACUGAAAAGAAUGGCGAAGGAGGUGGAAACCUGUUAAUCUUGGUGGAUCAACAUGCUGCCCAUGAGCGCAUUCGUUUGGAGCAGUUGAUUACUGACUCAUAUGAGAAGCAACAACCCCAAGGCUGUGGUCGGAAAAAAUUACUGUCCUCCACUAUAAUUCCUCCUCUAGAGAUAACAGUGACCGAGGAACAGAGGAGACUCUUAUGGUGUUACCACAAAAAUCUGGAAGAUCUGGGCCUUGAAUUUACCUUUCCGGACACUAGGGAUUCUGUGGUCCUUGUGGGAAAAGUACCACUCUGCUUUGUAGAAAGAGAAGCCAAUGAACUUCGAAGAGGAAGAUCUACUGUGACCAAGAGUAUUGUGGAGGAAUUUAUUCGGGAACAAGUGGAGCUGCUCCAGACCACAGGAGGCAUCCACGGGACACUGCCACUGACAGUCCAGAAGGUGCUGGCCUCCCAGGCCUGCCACGGGGCCAUUAAGUUUAAUGAUCACCUGAGCCCUGAGGAGAGCUAUCGCCUUAUUGAAGCUCUGUCCUGGUGCCAGCUGCCUUUCCAGUGUGCUCACGGGAGACCGUCUAUGCUGCCGUUAGCCAACCUAGACCACUUGGAGCAGGAGAAACAGGUUAAACCUAACCUUGCUAAACUUCGCAGAAUGUCCCAGGCUUGGCACCGUUUUGGAAAAGCAGAAGGCUGGGAUAUGAAGCAGAGCCUGCAGCCAUCCAUGCAUCUUUGUGAGCCACCAUGAGAAAAGACACUGAUCUAUAAGGAAACAAAGGGUUAGAGGAUGCCGACUGUGGCCCCUGAGCAGAGAGAUGAGCAGCAGUAGCUACAUCAUGUUGGCUGAGUUGGCCCUGCCUGGAGCAAGGUCCUUUAUGUCAGUCUUUCUGGGGCACAUGGCCCUCUACCUGAACAGCCAGAUGGCAUUUAAGGCUGAAGACAGUUCAUUCAUUUGCAUCCAUGGGUACAGGAGAUUGCCAUGUAGUGUCUGCCUUUUGUAACUUAUUUAGUGAUAACAUUUAAUGAUUAAUUGUCUGAUUGGUGGGUUGGCUUAUGUUUGAAGGUUGUGGUUUUGGGGAACUUUUUUCUAUCCUCUGAAUUUGUGAUUAUGCAAUUGAGCCUGAGCUGAACCCCAAGAGCUACUCUGCUUUCCCUGACGGCCCUUUGUGUUUCUCUGUUAGGUUCUCCUCUCCCUCAAUCUUCCUCACUUCCCUCUGUUGCUUCUUUACAUUCCUGAGGUCUUCUGUAGGGGCUUUAAGUAAAUUAUUUUAGGGAUUAAAAACUAUUGAUAAGAGGCCAGGGAUUUAGCUU